CAAAUCGUGACGCGGAAUAAAACUAUAUUUUAUCAAUUAAAAUGAUGGAUGAUGAGAAUACAGAGAGUUGGAUCUCACAGCCAGAUGUUUGCCGAUGUUGUUUAUCUGCAAGCGGGACCUGGGACAUGACCGCGUCUUAUAUUACGGAGGCCGGUAGCAAAGAGGUUUAUUCAGAAAUGGUUCGAGAGUGCUACGGCGUUUCACUAUCUUACCUGAUGGAGUGGGGUCCAAGUAGGAUGGUGUGUGCUCUCUGUGUGGGGCACCUGAGAGACGCUUGCAGUUUCCGGAAACAAGUGAUGAAGGCAGAGAACCGGUUCAUAGCUUAUUAUGACAGCAGGAAAGAUGAAUUCAACUCAGUGCCAGUCAAGUUGGAGCAAGACCUUAGUCCAGACAUCUCAGACAGUCCAAACUGUUUCAACAAUGACUUAGAUACUAAUGAAGCUUUAUUAAAAACUCAAGUAGUAGAUACCAGCACAUCUAAGAGAAAGAGACAAAAAACCGCACUGAAGUGUAAAAAAAAGAGAGAAAAGAUAGUAGACGAUGAUUCGGACACGCCCAUUUCUGAGCUGUCAAAGAAAAAUGUAUCUUAUGACGUUGAAGAUAAGAUUGAAAUUGGUUUAAAUGGAAUGGAAGUUAUAGAAAAUGGUUUUAAAUGUCUUGAUACUGCGGAGAUAGGUACCACCCACACAAGAUUACAAAACGGUGUAAAGCAAGUUUCAGAACGCAAGCGAGUCAUGUUAACAUGUGAAACUGUCCUAAGAGACACCACAGCCUGCCCCUUCAGACACCACAAAAGCUGGUUCCAAUGUUUCUUCUGCCAACAAGACUUCAUGGAAAUAAACCUCCUUCGAGACCACACAUUAAAAACCCACGCCGACGUAAACGAAGAAAUAAAAAAAAUAAAACGUUACCCGCGCUCCUUACAAAUCGAAAUUUCGAAUCUUGAAUGCCGCUUAUGUCAGUUGACUUUGACAGAUGUCAUUUCGAUGUGCUGCCAUUUUAUUGAGGUUCAUAAAAAGGUUGUUUAUAAAGAAUGUAUUGCUGAUUAUAAAGUUAAUGGCAGUCCAUAUUCAUGUCAUCUCUGUGGAAAACAAUUUCACGUAUUUAGAACUUUAACAACACAUCUGAACGAACAUUACGCGAACUGCAUAUGCGAUGUAUGCGGCAAAUCAUUUUUAAAUUCGAAAAGGUUAAAAGUCCACAAGCGUACGCACGAAAACGGCCAUUUUCCGUGUAAAGAGUGCGGUAAAGUACUUAAAACUAAAACUUCUAAAGCCAAUCAUAUGGAAAGUGCUCAUUCGAAACGCGUUAUUAAAUGUCAAAUAUGUUUUAAACCUAUGAAACAUUAUAAUGACCGAAUAAAACAUAUGUCUGAGGUCCAUAAUAUCACGCAUAAGUUCAAAUGUCCUAUCUGCAGUAGAGAGUAUAAUAUUAAGCAUUAUUUAGCGACGCAUAUACGUCAGACGCAUGGGCAUAAAAACAAGAAGUGUUUGGAAUGUGGCAUGGCGUUUAUAACGAACCAUGGUUUGAAGAAACAUAUGUUGAAACACACUGGGGUUAAACCGUUUUCUUGUACUGUUUGUAGUAAGGCAUAUGCGAGGAGUUAUACUCUAAGGGAGCAUAUGAGAUCACAUGAUAAUGAAAAGAGGUUUGUUGAGAAUGAAUGAUAAAAAACAUUAUUCAUAUUUUGGACAGAGGGCGCCACAUAACCUUUUCCCGGGAGUAUUCAACUCACGUCGAAGGCAAGGCCGGUAAGGGUAUGUAGGAUUUUCUAAAAGCACUCCGGGCCCCUUCUACUACUAAAACCAGAAUCUCGGGAUCGCUCACGAAUUUUCUGCGCGACUGUGGCGUUAGUACUCCUAACCCAUUACAAAAAUAAUUGUCUAAAUAUGAGAAGUGAUUAUAGCGCCAUCUAGUGUCGAGUAGCAUAUUGCAAAGCUGUCAACUUAUAUCUGCCAUUGGUCUCAGUACUUUUAGUGAAGGGGCAUAAUAUUCUUUCUCUCCUUUCGGUUUUCUCGGCGUUCGAUAUUCUUCAUUCACAACUGUUACAGUUUUGUUUUAAACCUAGACAGUCCCAUUGUUACGAUUAUAACGCUGAUCAAAUCUCAUAAUCAUAUCUAAUCAAAUUAUUUCUGUAAAAUUUAAUAAAGAAAAACCUAUUUAUACGCAA